CAGGCAUCCACAGUGCGUCAGGCCGGCGCUUUAUAGCGGCAGCCUGGGCGGCUCCGCUCGCUGUUUUUCUUCCCUGGGUUGUGGGUUCUGCUGUUCGCGAAGAUGCAGCUCAAACCGAUGGAGAUUAACCCCGAGAUGCUGAACAAAGUGCUGGCCCGGCUGGGGGUCGCAGGCCAGUGGCGUUUCGCCGACGUGCUGGGGUUGGAGGACGACGCUCUAGGCUCGGUGCCAGCACCUGCCUGUGCGCUGCUGCUGCUGUUUCCCCUCACCGCCCAGCAUGAGAACUUCAGGAAAAAACAGAUUGAAGAACUGAAGGGGCAAGAAGUUAGUCCUAAAGUGUACUUCAUGAAGCAGACCAUUGGGAACUCCUGUGGUACAAUUGGACUGAUACACGCAGUGGCCAAUAAUCAGGACAAGCUGGAAUUUGAGGAUGGAUCAGUCCUGAAACAGUUUCUUUCUGAAACAGAGAAGAUGUCCCCUGAAGACCGAGCAAAAUGCUUUGAAAAGAAUGAGGCCAUACAGGCAGCCCAUGAUGCCGUGGCACAGGAAGGCCAAUGUCGGGUAAAUGCAAAUUCAAAUCCGAGCGAGGUUGCCCAGGUAGAUGACAAAGUGAAUUUUCAUUUUAUUCUCUUUAACAACGUGGAUGGCCACCUCUAUGAACUUGAUGGGCGAAUGCCUUUUCCAGUGAACCAUGGUACCAGCUCUGAGGGCUCCCUGCUACAGGACGCCGCCAAGGUCUGCAGAGAAUUCACCGAGCGCGAGCAGGGAGAAGUGCGCUUCUCUGCGGUGGCCCUCUGCAAGGCGGCCUAGUGCCCGCGGGAGGGCCCUGCUCUCUGCCCUCCUCCCUUCAGCGUGAAGAUACAUCCCUGCCCAAGCAGUCUUCAGUGCUUCCGUACCUGUGGAUCACACCGUCUCCCUCGGUUCUGCAGACACGCCCUCCCUCCACCACGCCCCGGCUCUAGCAGAGCUCUGCUGUCUCCAGCCAAGUCGGCGUGCGCUUCAGAGGCGAAGCAUCCCCCCACUGUGUGUCUUGUUCCUUAAUAUCUCAUGCUUUCAAUGGCGACUUUGGUUUGUGUCCGUAAGUUAAGGCCUUGGAUGUGGUUUAAUUGUUUGUCCUUAAAAGAAUAAAACUUUUCUGCUGAUAAGA